AUAGACACCGAGUUAACCUUUUUAUUUAUAAAAGAGGUUUCUAAUGCAUAAAUCUUAUUGCUUCUGUCUAGCUUUGUUUUCGAGAAUUCUUAGAAAAGGAUUUACCCAUAGAAAAACCAUUACAUUUAUAAAGCCAUCUGCUAGAUAUCACAGAAGAAAUUGAAGAUUUAUACGGAAGAGUCGGUAACGUUAACAAAUACAAAGGAAGUAAAAUAUUUUUUGAUAGAAAAAUUUUACACCCAUCCUAUGAUCGAACAAAAUCUCUUCAUGACAUCGCUAUUCUGCUUCUUAAUAAACCUAUCGAACCUUCAUUAAAUGUUCAUCCCAUAGCUAUAGCUGGAGAAAACCAACGAUUCACAUCUGGUGGUGCCAUGCUUGUUGGAUGGAGAAGAAUUGGGACAAGCGAAAAAAACGAAACUGCAUAUCUCCACUGGGCAGAAGUACGAUUAAUGAAUCCAUACGAAGAACGGAUAAGUUUCUAUAAUAUGAAAAUAACUGGUCAAGAAAUAAUAGCAGUAACACCUGGAAUGGUUCCAAUGAAGGGUAAUUGUGGAUCACCGUUGAUUAUGAAAACCCGUUUAGGAAACGACGUUGUUAUUGGAGUACUAAGUAGGAGUGGUAAUGAUAAUAGUGAACGGAAUAUUUAUAUUUCAAUACCAGAUAUUUAUAUGUCAACUAGUGUUUAUCAUGAUUUCAUAGCUAGCAACAGUCCCGACGUCCUCAGAUAUUAUGUUUUUUAA